AUGACGUCGACUGCGAAAAAGAAGGUCGGUCUCAAGGAGCGCUUCGGCGCUGAAGGUGCGAGUGGCGCGACGAACCUUCAGAGUCCCUUCGUGUCUGCUGCGCACAACACCGUGUGGCCGUACGAUGCCGCGAUGCACCUUCGCGAUGGGCAGACCAUCUUCACAGCCGCGGCCAACGCAAUCCACGGACGCCCAAACGGUGCCUACAGGUGCGACGAUGCGUGGACACGGGUCGAGUCACCGCUGCGCGAUCGCUCCGCCGACCACGUGCUGCCAGUCUCCGAGGAGUGGAAGGCGGAACGGGCAAUGUACGCUCAUUUGCCGGCGAUAGCAGGUCCCCUUGAGGCUCGCCCUUCCAUAUCCUGCAGCCUCGCUGAUGUGCGAGAUACACUGUACGAGGAGUGGCUCGGCCACAUUGCGACCUACCGCGCGUCUCCUCGGGAGUACCCUCAUCACGUCAUGUUCCUGACUGCUCCAGCAGUCACGGCAAGCGCCUUCUCUAUGUCAGGCGCACACCCGUGCCAAUCCUUCUUGCGAGUGGCGACGGUCCUGUCUCGGCUGUUGGAAGCGUACCUGCGACGCUGCAACGAGCAGCCAGAAGCGCUGGAGCAACAGGCGAACGAGCGGGUGCCGUCGCAUGUGUUUGCCUGUCUCCUGGGCAGUGCCGUAUAUAACAUUAACUUCAGCGAACCAUCCCUGGAGCAGAAGGACACAGCGUUUGGUUGGGUGGCGCCACCGGGGCGGGGGGGUAGCGACAUGUCUGAGCCAGGAGUCACACACGCUAGCGUUGCUGCCACGGGUCCUGCACCUGUCAGCUCAGUGACCGCUAACAUAGAGAGAAUGCGGACGCGUCAACCACCCGCCCUGCCUCGCCGCUACGACGCCCUCUCUGUCGUCUCCUGCGCAGAUGCAACCCACAUCAACGUCUGCGUCGGUCAGCACUUCUACAAGCUGUGUGUCAUGGACGAGCGGGAGGGGUACUUGCGUGAUGUGGCAUCGCUGGCGGCCGACCUCGGGGCGCUUCACGCGCACCACCUCUCCCUUGCCCACACAGACGUGCUUCCUGGCGCCUCCCCGGCGGUGCGGCAGGACCGAAAAGACGUGGACGCGAUGAUCGCCAAUUUAUCCUGCUUAACGGAUGAGGUCGCCUUUGACGUGCGCCGACGUCUGCGUGUGUCGAGCAAAGUGAAUGCCUACUCGCUGGAUGCGUUGGAGGCGGGGCUGUGCACACUUGUGCUGAGGGAAGUCGACAAAAGGGAGUCGGAGUCGUCUGGCAGUCCCACCACACCAGUGGCGCAGUGGCUGCACAGCGGGUGCUGCCUGGAAACAUCUCUGGCACAUCCAGAGCAGUGGACAGUGCGGCUGCAGGCAUUGGUUGUGCCGGUACAGGCCGGCAUGGAAUGGGUGGAGAGGGCGUUUGCACAGCCCUCACACACAUUCCCCACGGAGCGUACCGUCGAUGACCCUGUCGCUCUCGACGCCGGAGGUGCAGUAGUAGACGUCACUAAUCAAGGAGGCACAGUCCAAAGAGCGGCUUUCGUAUCCCAUGAGCUCAGCACACCAGUUGGCGUGUAUGGCAAGGUGGAGCACUUGGAGUUGUGGCUCCCCGAGAAGCACCGCGUGCCGUUGAGACCGUACGCGGCACCGGUGUGGAACCGUGCAGACGCGCAGCAUCCGCUUUCCAACGUCUCCAGCGGCGCAUGCACUUUAGUGGACUUCUGUAUGUGUCUGCUGCGCGUCACAGCGGAGUGGAAGCGCGGUGGCCACCUCCCUGUCAGCUCCACAGUCGCGAAUGGGUGGCCACACGUGGUGGUAGCGGUGCAACCGCCACGUGGUGGAGCACCGUCUUUGAUGGCGCUGGACUCGCCUGCGGUGCAAAACUUGUUCGAGGUCCUUGCGUCUCCGCAGCUGCUCUUCGCGGUCGAUGCCCGGCACCGCGUGGAGGCGGAGGCGAGGGCUGAAGUGGCGGCUCUCUUGAAUAUCAGUUGGUACGCUACGUCUACGGUACGCACAGCAAUGAAGGACGUGCCUGCGGAGAGCAGGUUGUUUGAAGGAGUCGAGACGACCGCCAAUGCGGUGCGUAGCCGCGUGGACGUCUGUGUCUCUUUUGCCCUUCUGCCACGCCAGGCGGCGCCGCCAUCGGACGUGUCGACGCGCGCACUCGUCAUAUCGCGGCUCCUCUCUGACUUGAGUUUGCCCAGCAGCUUUCUCGUGAACUGCACAACGCAGCAGACGGCCGCAGAGGCACAUGUUCGCGUCAGCCACUCAACCCUUGUCGACGCUGUCGUGGGGGCUAAUGCGCCUGCGGCAGUGCCGCUUGCGCGUGCGUUUGCCGCUGCCCUGGCCUCAUGUAUGCUGGAUCGCCGCUAG